AUGAAUGUACGUUUUAGUAAUAACAAAUGGUUUUGGAACAACAUGGACAUGGGAUUUAUUAAAGCAGAAAGGGGAGACGAUAAUUAUUAUUAUUGUGUUAUUUGCGAAAAGUGGCUAACGCGUGGAGUAAAAAACAAUCACAAAUGCCACAACUCUACUGUCUUUGUGUACAAUAAAGAAGAGGUUUUAGAAUUUAUAAACCCUUCUAAUAAACAUCCAACACUUACAAUCAACAACAAAAUUAUCAAACGAGACGAUAUAUCACAAGAACUGCUUCAGAAAAGCGAUCCAAUUCACAGAGAUCGAGUCAAUCUUUCAAAUUUGCCAACGAACAAUUAUCUGGUGAACACUGAUUGUUUGACCAAUUUAAACACGUCAUCACAUAUCGAAAAUAUUCCAAUGUUACAAAUUACAAACACAACAUUGCGUCCACUCACUUUUCCACACACAGAAACUUUACUGUCAGACAAUCCAACAGUUUCAUCAUUCGGAAUUACAACUUCAGUAAGUGAUAUUGUACCAAUUAAUUUGAAUUACACGACUUCUGCGUUCAAAUCUAGUUCUACCACAUUUUCAAUUAUUCCAUCAGUAUUUAGUCUGCCUCAAAAUACACAUAAAAAUAUGAAUGACACAAUACAAAGAAACACACAACAUGAAGAAAUUUGUCAUCAGAUUACAUCAACAAGAGAAAUUCAUCUCCAAAAUCAAGAACAUUUCUCAAAUGCAAUUUCUUUACAAACACAAAAUUUAUUAAAUGAUUCCUCAACAGUUGAACACCAAAAUGAAAUGGAGUCUGAAGAUUUAACAUGUGAAGUGUCAGAACUUGAAAACUUUGUUGAGGAACUGUUCAAUUUCAACGACGGUGUUUUUGCGUUAUACACUGUAACUCCAUUUAGUGAUUACGAUGACGAGGAAAUUUCGAGACAGUUAAUUCAUUUUUGUAAAGCUCCAAUUGGAAUCGAUUUAAUUAAAUUUAAAGGAGCUUGUGACAUACUGUUUUCAGAUUCAUCAAAGGACGAAAAAGUUACAACACAACAACAACGAAAAAAAGUUUUGACUCAUAAACGUAAAGUUGUUCAAAACAUCAUAAAUCAUUUGACAACCAAAUACAAAUUUUCUGAUACGUGUUGUUCAAUUUUGAAACAAUCGUUAGUGAUUUCUUCAUCUCAAUUGACUCCAGAAGCAGUUGAUAUAUAUAAAAAACUCGCAGUUAGUUUUAGAAGUGCGCGUCGUCGACUGAAGAGUGAAAACAGUAUCACAUCGACACAACUUAUUAACGAUGUUAGAAAUUGUGUAUGUUUUGCCAUAGCAACUGAUACGUAUAAAAAGGAUGGUAUAACAUUUGUCGCAAUUUUUAUUCGUGUGUGCAUGAAAUUUGAUUUUUAUGAGUGUCCCCUUUUGUUGUCAGAGUAUUACGGAGAAAGUGAUGGUGAAUCAAUGUGUGAAUGGAUAUUCAAUGCACUUGCUUUCGAUAUCAAUAAAGAAGUGUUAUUCCCAUUGCGCAAAUUUAUUGGCAGCACACAAGAUGGUGCAUCGGCAAAUAUGGGUUGUGAUAACGGCAUGAUUAAACAUAUGCAAAUGAAACUAGUUCCUAUAAAAAAUCCAGAAGGUAAUAUAAUCGAAAGAAAGUUUUAUGGAGUACACUGCCCCGCUCAUAGAUGCAACUUGUUUGCACAAGAUGUAGGAAUGGAAGCACCAUUUGAUAUAGUGACAACAUUUAUUAAAUGGUUGUGUAAUUCAACGAAGCUAAAAGAAUACUACACUUUUUGCAAUUCCAACAACAUAAAGAAAUGUAAAUUGUCCACUUACUCUGCAACAAGGUGGAAUUAUAUGGCAAAUUCUUCGUCUGCAAUUUUGAAAAGCGAAUCUUUAAUUGAGCAAUUUGUCCAAGACGAAGAACAACAGGCAGAUGUAUUUGGUGAAAUGGUCGAAAAACAAAUUAAAGAAUUUGACGUUGAAAUGCAAGAUUAUAUCGAAAUAUUUUCUUUGAACAACUCCUAUAUACAUUUUAGUGUGUGUUUGUUCAAUGAUAUUUACACACUUGUAAACGAGUUGUGCAUUGAAUCACAAACACGGCUUUGUAUACUUCCAGACCUUAUAGAAACAACAAAAU